AGAGCGCGGAGUUCAGAAAAACAGAGCGCGGAGUUCAGUAAGAGAAGAUAUCCUCGUGCUGGUACUAUAACGGUGUGCAGGCGUCUGAAGAAAAAAAGUGACGAUAUUCUGUAGAUUCUACGAAAUAUAUUUGGGAAGAGAGAUAAAAACCUGAACCAAGUUAAGGCUCAUCGAAAGUAUACCUUUAUCGAGGGCAUUCCCUGCCUCUUGCUCAUUGCAGAAUGAAACAGAACUGCACCGUCCCAGCAUUUCUUAGUAAAUUAUGGACUUUGGUAGAGGAUCAUUCUACCAAUGAUCUCAUUUGCUGGAGUCGAGGUGGCUCAUGUUUACAAGUAUCCAAUGAGAGACAGUUUUCCAAGGAGAUUCUUCCUCUUUACUUCAAGCACAAUAACAUGGCCAGCUUUGUUCGGCAGCUUAAUAUGUAUGGUUUCCAUAAGGUAGUCCAUGUGGAUGUGGGUCUCCCACGCGACAAGGAGGAGAUCAUUGAGUUCCAACACCCCUACUUUCAAUGCGGAACACCUCAUCUACUUCAGAAAAUCAAGAGAAAGGUAUCUUUGAGCAGAGGUGAAGAAGUCAAAUUGAAGAAACAGGAUGUUUCCAAGAUCCUAAUGGAUAUCCUAAGAGUGAAAAGUAGACAAGCAGUUGCAGAUGCCAAGUUUAUGGCCAUCAAAAGAGAGAAUGAAACUCUUUGGAAUGAAGUUGCAUCCCUGAGACAAAAACACUUGCAACAGCACAAAGUCAUUCGUAAGGUUGUUCACUUUAUUGCAAGCAUGGCCCAGUCCAACAGCAUGGCAGGAAUCAAAAGAAAACUGCCACUGAUGAUUGAUAACUCUGGGUUGUCCCACUCGACUUCUAAGUACAGCCGACCAAUAACAAUGGAGCCCAGUAUGGAGAGUUCUGCGGUACAUGGUAUUCCUCGAGGAGCUAAGAACACGGAGAGUUUGCAGCACAGUAGCAUCUACCCUGGGGGCAAGAUAAUUUCUGAUAUCACUCACCUGCUGGAGCAGGGAGAUGCUGGACAUGUUGGGCAUGGCAUGGAAGGGGCGGGCUCAUGGGGAGGAAAAAUUGGAGGAGACAAGCAAACUGAUUUGAUGGAGUGUCCACAGGAAGUAGGACAAAGAGCAGCAUGGAAAGAGUUGAAACCACAAAGAACUAGAGGCGUCCAAUACCUAGAUGUUAGCUGGAAAAGUUCACUAGUGGAGACACUACUGGAGGAGGAGAUUGAAAAUUUGGUCCCCAACACCAUCCCCACUCCUUUUACUCCCGUCGACUUGUUUGAUUACCUGCUGGAAGAUUGUGGAGGGAUGGGCACUGAGGAAGGCCCUAAUGAGCGGUGUGAAAUUGCUGACAAUCUGGCACAGAUUGACGCAAAUUUGGCCCAGAUUAAUUCAUCCCUGUCUGGGUCCAAUGAUCCCAGUGAUGAUCUGCUUAAAGAUCUCUUUGACCCUACACCUGGUGUAGCAUCUUGCUGUCUUGAAACUAUGAAGGACCAUACAGUGGAACUAAAAAAGGAGCAUGGCUAUUCUAUGAAACAGACAUCUCAUGAAAGCCACACUGACGUGGCACAGUAUGCAGACCUGUCCAUGCAGGCAGAAGUUGAGGAUGAAGAUGAAGAUGCCAGCGACAUUCUGCCCACACUUCUGGAGCUGGCACAAGAAGCAUCUAGCAUUGAUGUUUACACUGCACAGAUGCCCUUGGACUCACUUGGCACCAAAAAUGGCCUUUCCUCAAGUUAAAAAUCAUGCAAAGUUCUGGGAGAGCACUAGAGUUUACCAACACCUGGUGAAUCUGAGACUGGACUAUUGUCAGGAUGCCUGAGCAGCGACAGGCAGAGAAACACUAUGCUAUUAUUCACUUAGACUUGUUAACCCUUAGUCUGCACCUGACUGUUUUUAAAGGGUGGACCAAUUACAAAUGGUAGUUUGGAAGUAGAAGAUAAUACACCGAAUUGUGAUUCAUUGUUUAAUGACUGGAUUUUGACUUCAGAUUCUUUACAGACAUGGGCGGGAUGGUUUACAUUGGUCAUACCAGUGUUAAAACCCCCUUCUGAAGUACUUGUAUGUGUGGUAGAGGGACAUUUCUGUGGAUAUGAAUUUUGUGUGUUUAAAAUGUGGAUACUAUUUUUUUAAGAUUGUGGAGUCUACCUUUUCAAUUGGUCUUAUACAACUGCUGUGUAAAGUGAGUUCUAGAUAUGCUAAAACCUCUCUUCCCAGCCAACACUGAAGUAGCAUUUUUGCUUGUAGUCUGGUUUUGUAAUGUAAAUUUGUUUUUGGUAGUGUU